AAGCCCUAACUUCCCUCCCUACACCCUCGCUCUCCCCAGCGCUCUCUGUCCUCCAGCCGAGGGCCGGUUGGAGAGCUCCCGCGGAAAACUGGGCGAGAGCGCGGCGCAGGGGAGGAGUGCCGGGAGCCGCAGGCGCACAGGGGUGGGGGCAGCAUGUGCCCAGGCGCCGGGUGAUCGCCCGAGAAGUAGCGCGCGCUGGGCGAGAAAGACGCUUUCCAAGUUGGGCGCGUCUCAGAGCUCGUCGCCCCGCGCCUCGGCCGCUGGUGUCCGGAGAGAGGCGGGGCUGAUGGGGGGGCGCUGAGGCUGCCGACGCCUGCGGCCAGAGCCCGUCUUAAAAGAACCCGGGCCAGCAUCCCCAGAGUCCCAGCCGGCUUCGCGCCCGUGGUCCUGGUGCGCUCUCUGAUGACUGCACUGGCGGUGGCCCGGGUAGCCCGCCCGCGGGGGGUGCCGGAGGGGGCGGGGGAAGAGGAGGAGGCGGUGUGAUGGCCCUGGACGGCGAGCGGGGGGAGCAAGAGGAGGAGAAGAAAAAGAAGAAGAAGAAAAAGAAGAGGAAGAAGAAGAAGGAGGAGGAGGGGGCCGAGAAGAGCAGCUCACCCUUCGCAGCCACCAUGGGAGAAGACGACGCCGCGCUCCGGGCAGGCGGCAGGGGGCUCUCGGACCCGUGGGCUGACUCGGUGGGAGUGCGACCCCGCACCACCGAGCGCCACAUCGCGGUGCACAGGCGGCUCGUGCUGGCUUUCGCGGUGUCCAUCGUGGCACUACUCGCGGUCACCAUGCUUGCGGUCCUCCUCAGCCUGCGCUUCGAGGAGUGUGGGGCAAGCGCGGCGCCAGGCGCCGACGGUGGCCCCGCCGGCUUCCCCGAGCGCGAUGGCAACUCUAGCCUCCCGGGAUCAGCCCGGCGCAACCACCAAGCGGGCGGGGGCUCCUUGCAGCCAGAGACAGGCGGGGUGGGGAUCCCGGGAACCCCAUCUGCCCAGCCGCCGUCGGAGGAGGAGCGGGAGCAGUGGCAGCCUUGGACACAGCUGCGCCUAACCGGCAAUCUCAAGCCGCUGCACUACAAUUUGAUGCUCACCGCCUUCAUGGAGAACUUCACCUUCUCUGGGGAGGUCAACGUGGAGAUCGCGUGCCGGAAUGCCACCCGCUACGUCGUGUUGCACGCUUCCCGGGUGGCGGUGGAGAAGGUGCAAGUGGCCGAGGACCGGGCUGCCGGGGCUGUCCCGGUGGCCGGCUUUUUCCUCUACCCUCAAACUCAGGUCUUGGUGGUGGUGCUGAAUAGGACCCUGGACGCGCAGAGGAAUUACAACCUGAAGAUCAUCUACAACGCCCUGAUAGAGAACGAGCUUCUGGGCUUCUUCCGCAGCUCCUACGUGCUCCACGGGGAGAGAAGGUUCCUAGGUGUUACUCAGUUUUCACCUACACAUGCCAGAAAGGCAUUUCCAUGUUUUGAUGAACCAAUCUACAAGGCCACUUUCAAAAUCAGCAUUAAGCAUCAAGCAACCUAUUUAUCUCUAUCCAAUAUGCCAGUGGAAACUUCCGUGUUUGAGGAAGAUGGAUGGGUAACGGAUCACUUUUCACAGACACCUCUCAUGUCCACAUAUUAUUUAGCAUGGGCGAUUUGCAACUUCACAUUCAGAGAAACCACCACCAAGAGUGGGGUUGUAGUACGAUUAUAUGCAAGACCUGAUGCUAUCAGAAGAGGAUCCGGGGACUAUGCUCUCCAUAUUACAAAGAGACUAAUAGAAUUUUAUGAAGACUACUUUAAAGUGCCCUAUUCCUUGCCAAAACUAGAUCUUUUAGCUGUGCCUAAGCAUCCGUAUGCUGCUAUGGAGAACUGGGGACUAAGUAUUUUUGUGGAACAAAGAAUACUGCUGGAUCCCAGUGUUUCAUCUAUUUCUUAUUUGCUGGAUGUCACCAUGGUCAUUGUGCAUGAGAUAUGUCACCAGUGGUUUGGUGACCUCGUGACUCCUGUGUGGUGGGAAGAUGUGUGGCUGAAGGAAGGUUUUGCUCACUACUUUGAAUUUGUGGGUACAGACUACCUCUACCCUGGCUGGAACAUGGAAAAACAGAGGUUUCUGACAGAUGUUCUGCAUGAAGUGAUGCUGCUUGAUGGUUUGGCCAGUUCCCAUCCUGUAUCCCAGGAAGUGCUGCGGGCAACAGAUAUUGACAGGGUGUUUGACUGGAUCGCAUAUAAAAAGGGUGCUGCUUUAAUUAGAAUGCUGGCUAAUUUUAUGGGCCAUUCAGUUUUCCAGAGGGGAUUGCAAGAUUAUUUAACCAUUCAUAAGUAUGGCAAUGCAGCCAGAAAUGAUCUCUGGAAUACAUUAUCAGAGGCUUUAAAAAGGAAUGGAAAAUAUGUAAAUAUACAAGAAGUAAUGGAUCAGUGGACACUCCAGAUGGGUUAUCCUGUUAUCACCAUCUUGGGAAAUACAACGGCAGAAAAUAGAAUAAUAAUUACCCAACAACAUUUUAUUUAUGACAUCAGUGCUAAAACUAAAUCACUUGAACUUCAAAAUAACAGUUACCUGUGGCAGAUUCCAUUAACUAUUGUGGUAGGAAAUAGAAGCCAUGUGUCUUCAGAAGCAAUUAUUUGGGUGUCUAACAAAUCAGAACAUCACAGAAUAGCUUAUUUGGACAAGGGAAGCUGGCUGCUGGGGAACAUCAAUCAAACUGGUUACUUCAGAGUCAACUAUGACCUAAGGAACUGGAGAUUAUUAAUUGAUCAGUUAAUCAGGAACCAUGAGGUUCUUUCUGUCAGUAACCGUGCAGGUUUGAUUGACGAUGCCUUUAGCCUGGCCAGGGCUGGCUAUUUGCCUCAGAAUAUUCCCCUAGAGAUUAUCAGAUACCUGUCUGAGGAGAAGGAUUUUCUUCCUUGGCACGCUGCCAGCCGAGCUCUUUAUCCUCUAGAUAAAUUACUGGACCGCAUGGAGAACUACAAUGUUUUCAAUGAAUAUAUUUUAAAGCAAGUCGCAACAACCUACAUUAAGCUUGGAUGGCCGAAAAAUAAUUUUAAUGGAUCUCUUGUUCAAGCAUCCUACCAACAUGAAGAACUGCGUAGGGAAGUGAUAAUGCUGGCCUGUAGCUUUGGCAAUAAGCACUGUCACCAGCAGGCAUCAACACUUAUUUCAGAUUGGAUUUCCAGCAAUAGGAACAGAAUACCACUAAAUGUUAGAGACAUCGUCUACUGUACAGGAGUGUCACUACUGGAUGAAGAUGUUUGGGAAUUCAUAUGGAUGAAAUUCCACUCCACCACAGCAGUUUCUGAAAAGAAGAUAUUGUUGGAGGCCUUAACUUGUAGUGAUGACAGGAAUUUAUUGAAUAGGCUUCUAAAUCUGUCUCUGAAUUCUGAGGUGGUACUGGAUCAAGAUGCAAUUGAUGUCAUAAUUCAUGUAGCUCGGAAUCCCCAUGGUCGAGACCUUGCCUGGAAGUUUUUUAGAGAUAAAUGGAAGAUAUUAAAUACCAGGUAUGGAGAAGCAUUAUUUAUGAAUUCCAAACUUAUCAGUGGAGUUACAGAAUUCCUUAAUACUGAAGGUGAACUCAAAGAGCUGAAGAAUUUCAUGAAGAGCUAUGAUGGGGUAGCUACUGCUUCUUUCUCACGUGCUGUGGAAACUGUUGAAGCCAAUGUGCGCUGGAAAAUGCUUUAUCAAGAUGAGCUCUUCCAAUGGCUGGGGAAAGCUCUGAGGCACUAAUAUGUGUCUCUUAUAAACAAUUUGACUCAAUCGACUCAGAUUUUUGGGAGAGGACCUGUUUUAUGUGGAAUGAGGAAAACACGCUGUGUAGAAAAUGGCCAGAUUUUCAGUGUUAACAUGUGGGAGGAUUUUUUUUUUUAACUCUUUGGUUUGGGGGAGUAAUUUUUGUUUCACUCAUUCACUUCUGUUUCUUUAUUGGGUAUUCUUCUCUAAAGAAAUUCUUGCAAGUGAAACUUGCCAUGGUUGCUUCAGCUGUACAUUCCUUGCUGUUACAGGACCAAAUAUGAUAGUGGUGCAUGUUGAUGUUGCAGUUUGGAAAAAAAAAAAUAUUCAGAAUAUUCUGUGCAUGGAUGUGUGGUCCUGCCUGUGUUCCAGCAUGCUUAUUUAAAAUGUCCAAUGUUGUAUGUGAGUAUAUGUUCCAUCCAGGAUGGGCAUUAUGCAAAAGCACAAAGAUUAUCUAUGACAAUCAGUGUUGCUCCUGAAAGAAAAACUAAAAAGGGUAGUUAUAUUCUCAGUGUUAGACAAUGGGAGAGUUAAAAUAGCCCUUUAAGUGAACAGUGUCAUUUAUUUCACACUUGGAUUGUCUGGCAAUGAUUACUGUGUUGCUAACUCAUUUUCUUUGAGUUCAAGCUCUGUAUACAUUUAAAAAGGUAUAGAUAGUGUAUACAUAUUUAUAUUAUAUAGGGAAGCCCCAUAUGUAUAUAGUAUGUUGUACACUGCACACGUGCAAAGAAUCUCUUAGAUCAAAGAAAAUUUAUCUCUUUUUAUAAAUGUAUGGAUGUUUGGAAAAAGGUUAAAGGAAUUUAUCUCAACAUUAUCCUUCCUAUUUCCUAACUAAAUUUAUUAACUUAUUUUUCAUUUACUUUCUGAAGUAUGGCUUACUCUACUAUAUGAAGAUGAAUUCCAACAAAAUUUAUUGUGUAACACCUUCUUCUGACUCUCCUAAGUCAGUGGCAACCGUGCAUAUAGAUGUGUCAUCAUUGGGUCGGACGUUCUAUUGAGUAUAAUAAUUGUGUAAACUUAGUAUUGCCAAUACUGAGAAAGUGUUUAUUUUCCAUCUUGUUUGUCCAUCUCGCGUUGGAGAGUUAAAACUCCUCCCUGUGUGUUGGUCUUUGUGUCUGUGUUGCUCCAAUCCUCCAUUAAGCAACCAUACCUCAAUAGGUCUAUUAGCAUUUAAUGACCUUUUAUGCCACUUGUGCCAUCCCUUGAGAUAGGAAGUUUCUUUUCAUGUGUUAAUGUAUAAAGUCUUUCCUUUAGUAUUGACAACUCUACAUGGGAAUUUUGAAUAACCAUUGGCUUUGUGUUAUGUAACACAAGUAUUUUUAAAUGAUAUUCUUACCCAGUAGGCCAGCUCUUCAAACAUUUCUUAGAUGCUUCAGAAAAGUUUACCAUUAUUAAAUACCAAUACAACUACUAUACUUAAGCCACAUUUUUGCAGACUACUUCCUAUUUUCCCAAGGUGUUCCAUUCCUUGAAAUUUGCAAAUCACUGAAACGUGUAUUCUAAAAUUAAGUCACUGAAUACUGAAAAAACAUUAGACAUUUUAUGAGACUGGAGCCAUAGAAUUAUUUUAAGUUUAUAGAAAAGAGGAGCAAUUUCAUAAUCCAUAGAAUAAGUACCACCUAAAAUUGAAUUUUAUCAUUUAAGCAGGUACUACUUAUUACUCAUACCUAAAUUUUUCAGCACUUCAUUCAAUUGAAAUACAUGAAUUUUAAAUAUCAUGUGUAGUCUUAAUAAAACAUGAUGAUGCUUCAUAUAAAAUCUAAAACUUAUACCACCUAUCCAGAAGCAAUGAAAUCCAAUUACUAUGUGUAAAAUUUACAAAGUCCUUAAGGGGCAUGUUCUAAAACAUGAUGAUAUUAUCACUUGCUGUGUAGGUCCCAGAUAUUCACAAUAUCACCUCUGAAUUCAUGUAAAAGAGAUGAUAAAAAUUAGAGAUGGAUAUUCUUGUUUUGUGUCAUGAAUCACUGAUUCAAAUUCCUAGUAGCUGUGGCAUUUGUGUGUACGUGUGUGUGUGAAAUCACCAUCUUCAAAUUUGAGUUAGAAGGGCUUUUAUAGUUCUUUUUCCUCCCCACUGUUAAUAAUCAUAAUCCUCUUUCAGUAUUUUAGUGGCCUUGAACAACUGGUUUAGCUACAAUAUCAAAUCCCAAGUGUAUAAUUAUGUGCAAUGUUAAUACCUCAUAUAAUAAUUGUUCAACAGUAUAGUGGUACCAAUGGCAUUGAGAUGACUUUUUUGUUCUACAUAUUUUUCAGUAAUUUAACUUUCCAAUGUUGAAAUUAUAUCAGACUUUAACGUUUUUUAGUUGUUUUAAUAAGUAAUAUUUUCAAAAUAAAAUAACCAAUGAUAUCUCUUGGAAUAUUCUGUAAGAUGUAGUUAUAAAAUUAUAUUUUCUACUUAGAGUUUUAUCUUUUCUCUCUUCUUUGUCUGUUUUACAAAUCAGAUACAUGAAUGAAAUCACGAAUUGUCAAAAGUGUCCAUCAUCUAGUGUUAAAGAUAUACUGUGCUGAUAUAUGUAUAAGAACAAAACUUGUUUUCCAUUAGAAAAGACCAAAUUACUUACCACACCACAAUGGGUAUUAGUUGUUUCCAGGUGACAUGUAAAUAAAAUGAU